AUGUCCGAUGAUGGUUUUGAUACCCCGUCCGACAUGUCCAUGGCUCAGUUCUCGCUGUCACCUCCUGUGUCGGACGUGACCGAUGACUCGGCCGACCCCAUCGACUUCCUGUCAUGCCCGUCUCGCGCCGCUGCCUUUGCCGCCACCACUGCAGAUUCACCGGUCGUCGAACUCGAAGGGCCAACCGAGGACCCCCAGAAUUGGUCGCAGGCGGUCAAGUCAGGUAAAGAGGAGAUCUGGAGGCAAGCAGCAGCCGACGAGUUUCACUCCCUUGCCACCGAGUACAAAUGCUUCACCCCUGUUGACUCCUCCUCACUGCCCCCUGGCGCCAAAGUCCUCGGAUCCAGGUUCAUCUUCCGCACCAAACGCGACCAACUUGGCAAGAUCACUUCGCACAAGGGCCGGCUCGUUGCACAGGGAUUCUCCCAGCGCCCAGGUAUCGAUUACGACGAGACUUUUGCCCCUGUUGCCAAGUUCACCUCCAUCCGAGCUCUCAUCACCCUGGCCGCCGCCAAGAAACUCCACGUCCAUCAGGCCGACGUUGACAAGGCGUACCUCCACGGCGAGCUGAAGGAAGACCUCUACAUGCGCGUCCCACAAGGUGUUGACAUGCCCGGUAAAGUCCUCAAGCUCCAUCGAUCGAUCUACGGCCUCAAGCAGGCCGGCCGAGUCUGGAACGAGCACAUUCACUUGACGCUGAAAAGCCCCAACUACCGCGCCACAGCCAAGGACCACUGCGUGUACGUACGACGCGACGGCGACCACUACCACUACAUCGCCCUCUACGUCGACGACUUGCUGAUGGUCAGCCCCUCGGAGGACGAGAUUGAGCGCAUCCUCCGCAGAUUUGGCAUGUCAGACAGCAGCCCCGCCUCCACGCCCAUGGCCCCGAACCGACAGCUCGAACAUUCGCUCGUGGAAACAUCCAAAACUGCUCGGACACGCUACAUGCAGGCUAUUGGAUGCCUCCUGUACGCCGCCACCGGUACUUGCCCGGACAUUUCCUACGCUGUCGGAUACCUCGCACGCUUCUCUGCCAGUCCCACACCCGAACACUGGACCGCCAACAAGACCGUCUUUUGGUACUUACGCGGAACUGCAUGUCUUGGCCUGCACUACAGCUCUGAACAAGGCAAGUUCUCAGGCUUCACCGGUUACUCUGAUGCAGACUGGGGAACCUGCACCACAUCGUCACGGUCGACCAUGGGGUACAGCUUCCACCUGGCCGGAUCUGUCAUCUCUUGGUCCUCCAAAGUGCAAAACCGUGUGGCCGACUCCACCACAGACGCCGAGUACCUCGCCCUCUCACACGCCUCCAAGGAAGCUGGUCACCUCCAAGAACUGCUUAUGGAACUGGGCAUCGACACACGAGCUCCCGUCCAGCUGUACGGCGACAACCAAGGUGCUAUUGCUCUCGCCAAGAACCCCACCCUUCACCACCGGUCCCGUCACAUUCGCAUUCGUGAGCACUUUGUACGCGACCAGGUCAGGCUGGGCACCAUCCAAGUCGACUAUGUGGACACGAAAACCAUGGUCGCCGACAUCUUCACCAAGGCACUUGGACCCUUGGUGUUCAAGGUACAUCGUGACAACCUGGGUCUUCGAGGCUAA